AUGUCUAUCUCGCGUGAACGCCCUGCGCCUGCUACACGCUUUCUCUUCUGCUCUAAUGAAGGCCGCGCUAUUGUAUCUGACACGGUCGAAUCUGCGCUGCAUUACUGCCCUCACGACUAUCAGCUCGACGGCAUUUGCAAGUCCUUGGAUGGAAUUGACUUGGUUGCGAUCUUGGCUACUGGGGCCGGCAAGACAGCAUACUUCACCAUGUACAUGCUUCUCCUCCGAGCACUCAGCAAGGCCUGUGGACAGCUGAAAUGCGACGGUGUCGCUGUCCCGGACCAAUCGGCGAUGGUCAUAGUGUAUCCUACUAUUGGGCUAGAGACGGAAAUGGCCAAGACCUUCCGAGCUGCAGGCCUGUCUACCCAUGUCAUCAAUCACGAGACAGCGGGUAAUGCACGGUUGGAAGGAAGAGACAUAUGGGAAGAUGUAGUAGACGAUACCGCCAUGAUUCUGCUCUCGCCAGAGAUGCUAUCGAGCGACGUAUUUGAAACUCUUCUCCAGAAGAAGGACUUUUCUUCACGCCUGUGUGCCCUGGGCGUCGAUGAGGUUCACUUGUGCAACUCCUGGGGAGAGGCAUUCCGCCCUUGUUUCCGACACAUUGGACUUACCCGGUGUCGUAUGCCUUCUCGGACAAGCCUCAUCCUUCUUACUGCAACCCUUGCCAAAGGAACCCCGACCACCAACAUCAUCAGCUCCUUUGGGCUUUGUGCGGGCAACUUCCACCUGAUCCGUCGGUCAAAUCGACGGCCAGAUAUCCAAAUACUCUUCCGGAUGCUCACACGGGGCGUAGGGGGGCCCGCCUUUCCGGACUUCUCGUGGGUUCUCACGAGCGGCCGCAAGACUAUCAUCUUCUGCCCCACGGUCGCCCACGGCCAGCGCCUCGCCCUCUUCCUCCGUUCACGGCUCCCUUCCCCCGUCGACCCUUACCAGUUCAUCCGCACCUACAGCUCUCUGAAGUGGAGUGAUUUCAAUGAGACGACACUGUGCCACUUCCAUGAGGACGGCGGCACCAUGAUCCUCAUUGCGACGGACACACUUAUGGUGGGCGUCGACCUACCAAACGUUGACGACGUCAUCCUGGCCAUCGCUCCGGACACAGUCGACGAGAUGCUUCAAAAGAUUGGGCGCACUGGACGGGAUGCAGCGCGUGUGAGCCAUGCGCGCGGCAUCGUGUAUGUGUCAAAAAGCACCGUGGACGCGGCACGGAAGCAAGUCGGCGCAGAAGUAACGAAGACACGGAAAACACCGGCAUCCUCAAUCGGCGUGGCAGCAGCCUGCUCGAAGAGGUUGGUCAAGCUCCUCAAUCCGGCGAUGGCCCGCAUGAUAGUGGCCGACUGCAAGACGGCCGCUCAAGAUGCCAUCUACGAGAACCCUGCAGUUGAUGAACCUUGUUCCUGCACGAAGUGCCGAGCCCGCCCUCCUCCGCCCCUCAUAUGCCGCUGCAGUGGAUGUGAGCCAGAGGACAACAAUCACCCUGACGCAAUGAACAUGGAUCCUCCUGUGCCCGCUCCACCCUUCCUCAGCCGCCUCCCAAACCCCAUCCUGAACGUCUCACCAAGUCUAUGA